CGGCUCGCGCUCGCCGCCGCGGGCAGAGGGCGAGGACGCGGCGGGCGCGCGUGCGCGCUCCCUCAGUGCAGCUAGUCUGCGUGCCUGAGUGGGAGGUGGCAGGCCUCCGGCUCCGGCCUUCCCCGCCGACGGUUCCAGCGCUGUCUCUGGCCAUGAACCGGUUUGGUACUCGGUUAGUGGGAGGCAUGGCGACCCCAACGCCGCCGCCCAAAGUCCGCAGCAAUGAGAACCUCGACAAAAUCGAUAUGUCUUUGGAUGAUAUCAUCAAAUUGAAUCGAAAGGAAGGAAAGAAGCAGAAUUUUCCAAGACUAAAUAGAAGACUCCAGCAGAGUGGUGCUCGACAAUUCAGAAUGAAAGUACGGUGGGGAAUCCAACAGGCUUCUGGUUUUGGUAAGUCUAGUUUGAGUCGUAGAGGAAGAUUGAUGCCAGGGAAGAGACGUCCUUACGGAGUUAUCACUGGACUUGCAGCUAGGAAAGCAACUGGACUUCGAAAAGGAAUUAGUCCUAUGAAUCGUCCACCUCUAAGUGAUAAGAAUAUAGAACAAUAUUUUCCGGUGUUAAAAAGGAAGACAAAUCUCCUGAGACAAAAUGAAACGCCGAGAAAGCCAGUCGCGGUUCUCAAGAGACCUAACCAAUUAAAUAGAAAAAAUAACAUUCCUGCUAAUUUUACCAGGAGUGGAAAUAAAUUAAGCCAUCAGAAAGACACCCGUCAAGCAACUUUCCUUUUCAGAAGAGGACUGAAGGUUCAGGCCCAGUUGAACACAGAACAACUGCUAGAGGAUGUAGUAGCAAAGAGAACUCGUCAGUGGCGGACUUCUACCACUAGUGGAGGAAUUUUAACUGUGUCUAUUGACAAUCCUGGAGCAGUGCAGUGCCCGGUACCUCAGAAGCCACGAUUAACUCGUACUGCUGUGCCCUCAUUCUUGACAAAACGGGAGCAGUCUGAAGUAAAGAAAGUUCCUAAAGGUGUCCCCUUACAAUUUGACAUAAAUAGUGUUGGAAAGCAGACAGGGAUGACCCUGAAUGAACGGUUUGGUAUCCUGAAGGAACAAAGAGCUACUCUCACGUUCAGCAAAGGAGGAAAUCGCUUUGUAACUGUGGGAUAGAGUUCAUCUCAAAGGAACUUUGGAGUGAUGACUGUGUUUGAAAAAAUGAACUGCUUGAAGAGUUCAUUAUAGAAGUUCAAGAAACUUUAUUUCAGAGUAUUCAGAAGACUAACCUUUAUUUUUAUUUUUGAAGGUUUUUCUGUUUUUUUUUUUUAAAUGUAUAAAAUAAUACCCAGAAAGAAUAACAGGAAAUGUACCCAUCUGUUCUCAAAGAUUUUGUGGUUGGCCCAGAAGAAGCAAUUUGUUGACUUCUUUGAUUCCUCAUGCAGCAGAAGGAAGACAGAAAAAUACAAAUUGAUUAUUUUUGUGAACAUGGUAUUUAGGAUCUCAUUGCCUUUGCCCAUUUUUAGACUAGACUUUACCUAAAGAUAACUUAGGAACCAUGGUCUUCAGAAAUAUGAGUAGGUCCAUUUGUUGCUAUCAGUUUUUCUUUAAUAGUGUAGAUGUAGUAAGUACAGUUAUCGUUUUUGCCUUAGAGGGAAAAAGUAUUUGAAGUCUUGUUUUGCAUUUUAAGAUUUAUUGGAAUAUUUGAAACUUGCUUCAUUUAUUGGGUGGUAUUAAUUCCCCAGAAUUUUAAGUAUUUAGUGCCGAACUUCUAGUAAGAAGUGGGACUCUUGGCAUUAAUCUCAGUUUAAAAUAUUCAUAUUUAAAGGCCAGAAAUGUGUAAAUUACUAAGUUAGCUUGAAUAGGGCUUUGGAAGAGAAUAUCCAAAUGUGUUGUUUUCAUAGUGUGUGUAUGUGUAGCAUAUGAAGAAAGAAUAAGAAGUAACAGCAAGCUGAAGGAUAGGUAAAUAAGGAGAAAAAUUUCCAGGCCAUUUAAUUUAGUGUAUCCUUGAGCCUAAUGUCCAGAAAGAAUUCUUCAAAUAUGAUUCAGGAAAUUAGAAUUAUUCAAAUAGGAUGAGUCCCUUCAAUAUUUGAUGGUAAAGUUAAUAGCUGCAAAGUCCUUGACUUUUAUUUGAGAAAGUAAAAUUUAAAAGCUUAUAAGCUUGCUAGAUUAACUAAUUGCAAUGCCCCUACCAAAAAUAUACUUGUAUAUGUCACAAUAAAAAAUGCAAAAUUAUGCUAUUAUAGAGUUAUAUUGUAACCACUGAUUCCACUCCAAUUUCUUGUAUGAAGUUCAAGCCUUUGUGAGGUGAGAAGGUUUUUUUUCCUGUCCUUUGGAGAGGUGGAAGGAGUUGAUCCAUUUUGCUAAGAUAGUGUUAAGAGUCUCCAAAUUGUAUACUCUAAAUUAUGGUCAAAAUGCCAAAAUGCAGCAAAAUAGUCUGGCUGCAAUUUACAACUUUGGUCAUUUGAGACUUAACUUUCAAUUUAGUGUAUAAAAGCCUCUAAAUAGGUGUUAGUUUUUCUGGAGUAUAUGAUUAGUGACUUUUCUUUAAAACAAAACAACAUUACUGUUUCAACUGAGUUCUCUCUCAUGCUUCUUGAGUUACUAUUGGUUUGUGCUAGCCGUGGAAAACUAUCACAGUUUCAUGCUUAUACCAAAGAAUUAAAUCUGAUCCUUAAUAUCUGAUGUUUGACAGUGCUUCUGCUAAUAAGGGAUUAUUGGAAACUGAUCUCAGAAUGUGAAAGUCAACUCUAGUCUCUCUUUCUCUGUUUGAUGCUUUUCCUUGAGGCCAAGGAUUGGAGGCAAAGCAUUUGCAAAUAUAGACGUUUGUAUUUAAUCCAAGGACAUACGUUUUGAGUUCCUGGUCACCUAUUUUAAAGCAAAGGGAAAACAGCUGAGCUUUCUUUAGAACAGUUUGUAGAAAAUACACUAUGAAAAAGUUUUCAUUUUCCUGUUAUUUUAAGUGUUAUGUUAUUAUUGAUGCCAUUUUAGGGGAAAUGUUAAAAAUUGCUCCAAAUAUUGAAUAUAAAGUACAUCAAGUAACAGUGUCUUUGGGAUAUUAAAUUUUUGCUCUUUGGUCAUCUGUAAUUUUCUUUAUAAAAUUUCACCUUUGAUACAACUAAAACUAUGUGCUGACAUGUUGUGUAUUAAAAAAAAAUAUGCUUUGUUGGAGGAAAAUUUCCCUUGGAAUGUGGUUGUAGUCAUCCUUGUUCAUCUAUUUUUUUUUAAACAGGAUGCAACUUAGAAUUUCCUUUGCAUCAAGGUGUAUGCUAAACAUUGAUGCAGUGCAUCACAAAAUGAAAGUUUGUAUUUAAUAAGGAGGUGCUUUACACUGUACUUUUUGGUGUUUUUUGGAAAAGUUACAUUUAGAUCUAUUCUGAAGCUGUUCAUUUUUAACAAAUAAAAUGUUACAGGUUUCACAUGA